AUAAAAACUACAAGAUGGAAUCAAAGCCUAAAAAUUUCCUUAAUCUUAAGACUUCUCCUAAAAAUAAAAGGGUCAAAGAUACAAAACAAAGAUCUCAAGAGUAUCGUAAAAGGAAGAAAGAGUUUGUAGAGUCGCUUCGUACUGAGGUCAAAUCUCUACAUCUAGAAAUAGAGCAACUUAAAAUUGAAAACAAACGAUUGCAAGCAAAGCUAAAAUUAGCAGAAGAGAAUGGGAAAAGUGAAGAACCAAUAAUACAUCCCAUUAAAAGAAGUGAACAGUACUGUGAAGAUAGAUUCUGGAUAGAUCUCAAAAAUGACCCUUCUUCCAAAAAUUACUCCAUGAUUGAUAAGGUAUCACAGGAUAUUAGAGAUGCUAGUGAAGAUAGAAUAAACUUCAUCAAAGAGCAAUUCAACAACAUUCUAUCCAACAUGCUAUCUCUCCCAACCCGCUGUUACGCCUCAAUCUUCAAAUCAAUGAGCGUCAAAGAAUAUGACAUGUACUGCUCCUCCAAGAAGCGUAAAAAGAAAUAUUUCUCCAAAAAGAUCGAAUCUGCCAAAGACAUCUUCACUCAGUACACCUUCUCAGAGUCUCUAUCCAAGUACAUGAUACAUUACAGUAGCUUUGCAGUCAAGAUGUACCAAAGAGUUGAGGCCAUAGCCCAAGAGUUAAUCCUGCAACGCAAUAAGUUGUUCAACCUGGUCUAUGAGAUGCAAGAGCUGGUGGAUAGCAACUCUGAGUUGCCAGUGGGCUAUGAGAAGGAAGAUGCAGCUAAGUUUGCAGACAUGUUCGCUAAGAUAAAGGAGCAUAAGCUUAUUGGGCACCAUUAUUUGUGGGAGAUACCAAAGAAGACACACGACAACAAAAGAUAUGAUGGAGGAGAGUUGACUGACCAAGAAGAGUAAUUUCAUAUCUUUCAAUGUCAGA